UUAGCCCAUUUUCCAUUGAAGCUCAAAUGCGAGCUUCGUUUGACAAACAAACACCACGACCAUAACGACAACAACAACAAUGCCUCUAAGCAAGGACGCCAUUUUCAUUUCCUCUCUUGUGAUCCUCUGGUACUCCUCCAACAUUGGCGUUCUUCUCCUCAACAAGUUCUUGCUCUCCAACUAUGGCUUCCGAUUCCCAAUCUUCCUCACAAUGUGUCACAUGUCGGCCUGUGCCAUCCUCAGCUACUUCUCCAUCGUCUUCCUCAAGGUCGUCCCUCUCCAAACGCUGAAAUCGAAGCCUCAGCUCCUCAAGAUCGCCACUCUCAGCCUCGUAUUCUGCGCCUCCGUCGUCGGCGGCAACAUCUCACUCCGAUACCUCGCCGUCUCCUUCAACCAGGCCGUCGGCGCCACCACGCCCUUCUUCACCGCGCUCUUCGCUUACCUCGUCACCUUCAAGAGAGAGGCCUGGCUUACCUACGCCGCCCUCGUCCCCGUCGUCGCCGGCGUUGUCAUCGCCAGCGGAGGUGAACCGGGUUUUCACUUGUUUGGCUUCAUUAUGUGCCUAAGUGCAACUGCUGCAAGGGCCUUUAAGUCUGUUCUUCAGGGCAUCCUGCUUUCUUCUGAAGGGGAAAAGUUAAACUCAAUGAAUUUGUUGCUCUAUAUGUCCCCAAUCGCUGUGCUAGUAUUACUGCCUGCAUCACUUGUAAUGGAGCCAAACGUCAUGGAAGUUACAUUAGAGCUCGGAAGAGAGCAUAGAUUCAUGUGGUUACUUCUUUUUGUCAAUUCAGUACUGGCUUAUUCGGCUAAUUUGUCAAAUUUCUUGGUCACUAAACAUACUAGUGCACUAACACUCCAGGUGUUAGGCAAUGCAAAAGGUGCUGUGGCUGUUGUGAUCUCUAUACUUCUGUUCAGAAAUCCGGUCACCGUCAUGGGCAUCGGCGGGUACACAGUUACCGUAAUGGGGGUUCUGGCAUAUGGGGAAGCAAAGCGGAGGUUUAGAUAAGUAACUCCCUGCAUUAACCAUAUUUAAGUAUGGUUUAUUUCGACUGAGAAUUUUCUUUAACGAGGCAUUGACUUUAAGCUCCAACUAGAUUCUUGGUGGAUAUCAUUUUGUUGCAUGCAAGGAGAGAGGGAGAGAGAGAGAGAGAGAGAGAGAGAGAGAGAGUAUUAUUUUAGUUUAGUUUUGUAUUUAUCAUAUUAUAGUUAUUAUCCGAUUCCCACUUCCCAUGAUCCUAAGCAGUUCCUUGUCCUUGCCAUUGUUAUCCUAUAGAAAUUGUUGUUUGUAACUCUUAUAGGUACCGUCUUUAUUGGCAGAUUAUAUCAUUGUUGCGAACUCAAUUCCCAUUAAUAAAUUAUGGCUGCUAGUUGCUACCAAUA